CUUCAGUGAUAAAAAGGUCGAAGUAUUCCAACCCACAGUCAUUCGUUUUAUCUUUCUCUGCUUCUUCAAACAAAACCUCUUUCGUUCCAAACAUGCAGCUCCAAACCGUCCUCCUGGCACUGGCCGCCAUUGGCGCCUCCGUCGUCUCUGCCUUGCCCGCAGGUCACCCGGCGCCCAUCUGCGUCAUCCCACCACCUGAUGUCCCUGCUGGACCACCAUGCAUUGAGCCAUGGACCGACUGGAGAAGCAUCCGUGCUUAAGUCCACACUCGCCAAACAACCAGACGACAUCAAGUCAGAUCUUUCCCAACAUCAACCAACUUCGCGGCAUCUAUCAUCAUUCAGUCGGUUCGCAUGAGAAUGUGAGCGGGCUGCAAGGGUUAUUUCGACAAUUACGCCAGGCAGGAAGGACUGGCUCGAUAUCUUUGGGCAUAAUAGACAAGGGAAGGAGGACCAUUUUUCUUCGACAAGUUGUCAAUCCCCAUAACAAGGGACUGGAACAGCCCAUGUUCAGGCGAAUUAAUUUUGGGGCCUGUAUUUUAAUAAUGCAAAACCGCUUGACCUAA